UUUUAGAAGUACUUACAAUGCGGAGAAAAGAUUCCAAUUCCACCAUUCCAUUUUCUCCGUUUCCAGUUGUAAACAAAAAAUACAAUUUUGUACGUUCUAAUAAACAUUUUAUUUCACCGUGUUCCAAAUUCCAAGUGUUCCAACCGUAAAUCAGGUGGACCUAAUUACCAUAAAUCACAGGUAAUUUAUACAAUUCGCUGUUCACUCCGAGUCACCUGUCCAAUUAGUCGAAACUACGGCGUUUCCACUUCGUAAAUUUUACACCACUUUCUCACCUAUUACAUCCUAUACGGUCUUUUUCCGCUGCUUUAUACCGUUCACGGCGGCAAGCUUAAAUUUAUUAAGUGCAGUCUAAGGAAUCUGUCUACAUUUUCAAAAGUGUGACCGGGCUCCAAAACCGCUUCCCUUCCAUUUCGCAUUUCUUCUAUUAUGCCCAUCGGGGACGAUAAGAAGAAAUUGUCCGCUGACAAACCCAGGUCUAUUUUUUCACCACAAGGGCCCAAGAGUUCAAGAAUCCCAAGCAUUUCGGUAAAAACGAGUGCGCAGAUUUCCGACGACUGUGCUACUCCAUCCAAAGCCACAGUACAGUGCACAGCUAAAAAUAUGGCUGCUUCCGAUCUAGCGCUAGCCAAAUUCAUUUCGGUUUCUGACCGCUUAAGCGAAUUUGAGGCUCAGAUUAACAUUCCGAAAUUCGCAGCUCCAACCGUCACGAUGCUCAGCGUCCGUCGCGACCAAGUCCGAACCCCAAGGGACAAGGUUGAAAAGGAAUUCGACCUCUGCUCAGAGUGCCUUGUGUCAGCAGGCCUAUUCUCAGGGCUUAAUACAGUUAUUGCUAUUCAGUCUAUGAAAGGUGUGUUGCGCAGCUCGUUGAUAAAAUCGAGCAGGGCACGUCUCAGUCCAUUCCAGCCGCGAACGCUGCGCCCCAGGCCUACAUUUCCUCUGGCUGUCGGUUGCCUCCAUGCGAUACAGAAGUUUUCGCAGGCGACUAUCUUCGCUGGCCGACUUUCUGGGAUCUUUUCACAGCCAUUUAUGUCAAUAAUCCACGGCUGCCUUCGGUUGAAAAGCUAUUCCAUUUAAAUGCCAAAACAAGUGGCGACGCGCAUGCCAUCGUUUCGAUUUCGCCUCUCACCAACGAGGGUUUCCGCUCUGCGUGGAAAAACCUAAUAGAGCGCUUCGAAAAGAAACGAUUGUUGGUAAACAGUCAAUU